AUGGUAACAUUGUUACCAAAAUACGUAUACGUGAUUUUUCAAUUAUUUUUUCUGUGACUUUUGAUUUAAAAUUUCGAACAUUUAAAAAUUGUAUUAUGUGUUACACUUUCAUAAUAUUAUAGUAUACCUAAUCAAAUAAGUAUUAUGAACGUGGCAUGUAUUGUUCCUCAGUCAUAUAUGUUUAGCUGAAGAUUGUUAUUUAUCAUUCGGAAUUUAACACUUGGAGUAAAAAUGGAGAAUUGGCAAAUAAUAUCAUUUUUGUUGAUAACUUCCUGUUUGAUAUUUAUCAGAGCAAUUCAAUAUGAAUUAUCAGAUGACAAGAAAAUAAUCCAAUUCGAAAAUGUUAUGACGAGGAAAUUUGCUGAUAAUCUGAAUUUGGAAAAUUUGAAAUUAACUUAUGAAAAUGAACACUCAUGGAAAGAAGAUACCACAAGCACUGCCGCUGCUAAUGGGUACUUAGAAUGUUUAAAAUAUGCACAUAAAAAUGGAUGUCCGUGGGAUGAGAGCACAACAGAAGCAGCAGCUUCUAAUGGUAAUCUAGAGUGCUUAAAAUACGCACAUGAAAAUGGUUGUCCGUGGAAUGAAAACACAACUAUAGCAGCUGCUUCUAAUGGUCAUUUAGAUUGCUUAAAAUAUGCUCACAAAAAUAAAUGUCAGUGGAAUGAAAGUACAACAGAAGCAGCUGCAUCUAAUGGUAAUUUAAAUUGCUUAAAGUAUGCUCAUCAAAAUAACUGUAAAUGGGAUCCAAUCACUAUCAUGAAAAGUGCUACCAUAAAGGGCAAUCUAGACAUUUUAAAAUAUGUUCACGAAACUGGAUGUGAAUUGGAUAUAUUUAUAGUUACUAUGGCUGCCAAAAUAGGUAAUCUAGAUAUUUUAAAAUAUGCACAUGAAAAUGGAUGUCCUUUGGAUGAAAACAUUGCAAAAUUAGCUGCUUAUUAUGGCAAUUUAGAUUGCUUAAAAUAUGCUCAUGAAAAUGGUAUUAAAUUGGAUAAAGGCAUAACUUUUGCAGCUGCCUCAAGAGGACAUUUAAACAUUUUAAAAUAUGCGUAUGAAAAAGGUUGUCCGUGGGAUGAAAGAGUAACAGAAUCAGCUGCUUUUUAUGGUAAUAUAGAAUGUUUAAAAUAUGCUUAUGACAAAGGAUGUGAAUGGAGUGAAAUUAAUAUAGUGAGAAUUGCUAUCAUAAAGGGCCAUCUAGACAUUUUGAAAUAUGUUCACCAAAAUGGAUACGAAUUAGAUGAACUCACAAGUUAUAUGGCAGCUAUAAUUGGUAAUCUAGAAAUUUUAAAAUAUGCACAUGAAAAUAGAUGUCCGUGGGAUGAAAAUACUACAGAAGCAGCUGCUUCUAGUGGUAAUUUAGAAUGCUUAAAAUAUGCUCAUGAAAAUGGCUGUAAAUGGGAUGAAAGAACAACAACAGCAGCUGCAAAAAAUGGUUGUAUAGAUAUUUUAAAAUAUGCACAUGAAAAUAAAUGUCCGUGGGAUGAAAAUACUACAGAAGCAGCUGCUUCUAGUGGUAAUUUAGAAUGCUUAAAAUAUGCUCAUGAAAAUGGCUGUAAAUGGGAUGAAAGAACAACAAUAAGAGCGGCACAAAAUGGUAAAAUAGAAAUUUUGAAAUACGCAUAUGAAGAGGGAUGUCCGUGGGAUGAAAGAACAACAGAAGCAGCGGCUUCUAAUGGUCAUUUAAAUUGCUUAAUGUAUACUCAUAUAAAUGGCUGUAAAUGGGAUGAAACAACAACAGCAAUAGCUGCAUCUAUUGGUAAUUUAGAUAUUUUAAAAUAUGCACAUGAAAAUGAAUGUCCAUGGGAUGAGAGCACAACAGAAGCAGCGGCUUCUAAUGGUCAUUUAAAUUGCUUAAUAUAUGCUCAUGAAAAUAACUGUAAAUGGGAUGAAAGCACAACUGAAGUAGCUGCGUCUAAUGGUAAUAUAACCAUUUUAAGAUAUGCGUAUGAAAAUGGUUGCCCAUGGGAUGAAAGCACAGCAGAAGCAGCUGCUUCUAAUGAUAAUUUUGAAUGCUUAAAAUAUGCUCAUGAAAAUAACUGUAAAUGGGAUGAAAGCACAACAGAAGUAGCUGCGUCUAAUGGUAAUAUAACCAUUUUAAAAUAUGCACAUGAAAAUGAAUGUCCGUGGGAUGAAAAAACAACAGAAGCAGCUGCUUCUAGUGGUAAUUUAGAAUGCUUAAAAUAUGCUCAUGAAAAUGGCUGUAAAUGGGAUGAAAGAACAACAACAAAAGCUGCACUUAAAGGGAAUUUAGAAAUUUUAAAAUAUGCACAUGAAAAUGAAUGUCCGUGGGAUGAAAAAACAACAGAAGCAGCUGCUUCUAGUGGUAAUUUAGAAUGCUUAAAAUAUGCUCAUGAAAAUGGCUGUAAAUGGGAUGAAAGAACAACAACAAAAGCUGCACUUAAAGGGAAUUUAGAAAUUUUAAAAUAUGCACAUGAAAAUGAAUGUCCGUGGGAUGAAAAAACAACAGAAGCAGCUGCUUCUAGUGGUAAUUUAGAAUGCUUAAAAUAUGCUCAUGAAAAUGGCUGUAAAUGGGAUGAAAGAACAACAACGAAAGCGGCACGUAAUGAGAAUUUAGACAUUUUAAAAUAUGCACAUGAAAAUGGAUGUCCGUGGAAUGGAAGUACAACAGAAGCUGCUGCUUCUCAUGGUAAUUUAGAAUGCUUAAAAUAUGCCCACAAAAAUGGUUGUAUGUGGGGUAAAAAUACUAUACGUAACUCUAUCGAAAAUGGAAAUUUACAGUGUUUGAAAUAUGCCCAUGAAAAUGGUUGCAAGUGGGAAGAUGGAGCAACUUUUGUUGCUGUAGAAAAUGGUUUUUUUGACUGUUUAAUAUAUGCUUACGAAAAUGGGUGUAAAUGGGCUGAAGGCACAACUAGAACUGCUGCAACUUGUAAUUAUUUAGAAUUUUUGGUGUAUGCUCAUGAAAAUGGAUGUAAUUGGGAUAAUGAUACAAUAGCUGCAGCAGCUUUGCAUGGUAAUUUAGAUUGCCUAAAAUAUGCUCAUGAACAUGGAUGUAGUUGGAUUGAAGGCACUACAAGGGGGGCUGCAGCAAAUGGACAUUUAGACUGCCUACAGUAUGCUCAUGAAAAUGGGUGUGAGUGGGACGAAGGAACAACAAGGGAAGCUGCUGCUAGUGGUUAUAUUGACUGUUUGAUAUAUGCACAUGAAAAUGGAUGUAAAUGGGAUGAAGGAACAAAAAGUGGAGCUGCUGCACAUGGCCACUUAAAUUGCCUAAAAUACGUUCAUCAAAAUAAUUGUCAAUGGGACGAAGGCACAACAAGAAAUGCUGCUGCAAAUGGUCAAUUUCGUUGCUUAAAAUAUGCCCAUGAAAAUAAGUGUCCUUGGAGUACAGGCACUAUUCAAAAAGCUAUUCAAAAUGGUUAUACUGAUAUAGUCUAUUAUUCGGCCGUAAAUGGCUGUCUUAAUUAGUUUUCUAUUUGAAAAAUCGUUAUUUUUAUAUACUCAUUUAAGUUGACUAUUUACAUUAUAAUAUAAAUAAAUUGUCUUAAAAUUCGA